GAGGUCUGGACUGCAACAGUGGAGAAUCUCAGGAGAUCCAACCAAUCCAGGACUAGGAGGGGAAAUUACAGGGGUCUGUUCCUCGAGCUCCCAGGGAUGAAACUGAAGAAGCAGGUUACUGUGUGUGGAGCGGCCAUCUUUUGCGUGGCCGUCUUCUCUUUGUAUCUUAUGCUGGACAAGGUGCAACACGACCCUCCCAGGAGACAGAACGGAGGCAACUUUCCCAGGAGCCAGAUUUCUGUCCUGCAGAACCGGAUAGAGCAACUCGAGCAGCUCUUGGAGGAGAACCAUGAAAUCAUUAGUCACAUUAAGGAUUCUGUCCUAGAGUUAACAGCAAAUGCAGAUGGACAACCAAUCCUGAUCCCGUAUCACACGCCAAAUGGGAGUUGGGUCAUUCCACCAGACCCUCGGCCCAGCUUCUACUCUAUAUCACCCCAGGACUGUCAGUUUGCUGUUUCAAGUAAAGGCAAGAAAACAGAUUUACAGAUGCUGGAUAUUUACACACAGUUGCCUUUUGAUAAUGUGGAUGGAGGAGUUUGGAAACAAGGAUUUGACAUCACAUAUGACCCUAAUGAAUGGGAGACGGAGCCUCUUCAGGUGUAUGUAGUUCCACACUCACACAAUGAUCCUGGUUGGAUAAAAACAUUUGACAAAUAUUACUAUGACCAGACUCAGCACAUCCUGAACAAUAUGGUGGUAAAACUGCAAGAGGACCCACGUCGAAGAUUCAUCUGGUCAGAGAUUUCCUUCUUCUCAAAGUGGUGGGAUAACAUCAACUCCCAGAAGAGGGCAGCAGUGCGAAGGUUAGUUGCUAAUGGCCAACUGGAGAUGACAACUGGUGGCUGGGUGAUGCCUGAUGAAGCCAAUACUCACUACUUUGCAAUGAUUGACCAGAUGAUAGAAGGCCACCAGUGGCUGGAAAAAAACAUUGGUGUUAACCCAAGGUCAGGAUGGGCAGUGGAUCCUUUUGGGCACAGCUCCACCAUGCCGUACCUUUUAAAACGCUCCAAUCUAACCAGCAUGCUGAUUCAGAGAGUGCAUUACUCCAUCAAGAAGCAUUUUGCAGCCACCCGAAGUCUGGAGUUUAUGUGGAGACAGACGUGGGCUCCAGAUUCCGGAACUGACCUCUUCUGCCAUAUGAUGCCAUUUUAUAGCUAUGAUGUCCCUCACACAUGUGGCCCUGAUCCAAAGAUCUGCUGCCAAUUUGAUUUUAGGCGCUUGCCUGGAGGUAGGAUAAAUUGUCCAUGGAAAACGCCACCUAAAGCAAUCACAGAAUCCAAUGUGGCUGAACGAGCAAGCCUGUUAUUGGAUCAGUACAGGAAGAAGUCCAAGCUGUAUCGCAGCAAGGUGGUCCUUGUCCCCUUAGGAGAUGACUUCCGUUAUGAUAAAAUCCAAGAGUGGGAUGCCCAGUUCCUCAACUAUCAAAAGCUUUUUGAUUACAUGAACUCGCAUCCAGAACUCCAUGUUAAAGCACAGUUUGGAACUUUAUCUGACUACUUUGAUGCUCUGUACAAGAAAAUGGGAGUCACGCCUGGAAUAAGACCUCCUGACUUUCCCGUACUCAGUGGAGAUUUUUUCUCCUAUGCUGACAGAGAAGAUCAUUACUGGACUGGAUACUACACCUCAAGACCUUUUUACAAGACGAUGGACAGAGUGCUAGAGUCACAUCUCAGAGGUGCAGAGAUUCUAUACAGCCUGGCGAUCAAUCAUGCAAGGAGAGCUGGCUUGGAAAGUAAAUAUCCACUCUCUGAUUACGCUCUGUUAACUGAUGCCAGACGCAACCUUGGUUUGUUCCAGCACCAUGAUGCCAUCACUGGCACAGCAAAGGAAGCCGUGGUGAUUGACUAUGGUGUACGGUUGCUCCAUUCGCUGAUGAAUCUGAAACGCAUCAUAAUCAAUGCAGCUCACUACCUCGUUGUGGCAGACAAGGAGAAGUAUCACUAUGAUCAUUCUGUGCCAUUCUUCAGCACGGAUGACAGCCGUUUGACCCAGGAAACCCUGCCAGAGAAAACCAUCAUUAACUUAGGUUCAUCUCCACGAUAUGUUGUAGUUUUCAACCCAGUGGAGCAAAAUCGCUUGUGUGUGGUCUCUGUUCUGGUAAACACACCUCAUGUUCGAGUGCUCACAGAAGAGGGACAGCCAAUGGCCGUACAGAUCAGUCCAGUAUGGCAGUUUUUGACUGACCUGAAUCCUGAAGUAUACCAGGUGUCCUUCACUGUACGUUUACCCUCACUUGGCCUGAGCAUCUUUCAGCUGUACAUGUCAUUUGAUGCACACACUACCCUGAAGUCCAGUGUCCGGGUGUACCUCCAUGGGAGGGACCUGACUAUAAAGAAACAGGAUGUGUUUCCAGUGAAGAUCUUGGAGACCAACACUGAUGACUUCUAUUUGGAGAAUCAGUACAUGCAGGUCUGGUUCUCUGGCAUCACUGGGCUUUUAAAGGGUAUUAAACGAGCGGGAGAGGAGCAGGAACAGAAGAUAAACAUGGAAUUUCUCAUUUAUGGAACACGUACUUCCAAGGAUAAAAGUGGAGCCUAUCUCUUCCUUCCUGAUGGAGAUGCCAAGCCGUACACCCCUAAAGACCCUCCUGUGGUAAGAAUUACUGAGGGCCCAUUCUUUUCAGAAGUGACUUGUAUCUUUCAACAUGUUCAGCAGACCAUGAGUUUUUUUUUUGGGUAUUCUCAUCCCUUGACAGGAACUGAAGGUCUUUCUCUAGAUGUCAGCUCAAUCAUUGAUAUCCGAGAUCAUGUCAAUAAGGAGAUUGCUAUGCGGCUUAGCACAGACAUACAGAGUGGAGACGCAUUCUAUACAGACAUCAAUGGCUUUCAGAUUCAGACUAGGAAGUUUUUCAAAAAACUUCCCCUCCAAGCUAACUUCUACCCAAUGCCAGUGAUGGCAUAUAUACAGGAUGAAAAAAGUAGAUUAACGUUACACACGGCACAGGCUCUUGGUGUCUCCAGCUUGAAGAGUGGUCAGCUGGAGGUGAUAAUGGACCGACGCUUGAUGCAGGAUGAUAAUCGUGGCCUUGGUCAAGGUUUAAAAGAUAAUAAGCGCACAUGCAACAAAUUUCGCAUCCUCCUGGAAAAGAGAUCCUCCAGCAAUAAGCUCUCCAGCUUCCUUUCUAAACUGCUUUCCAAGUUUAGAAAUCUGGCAUUAUCCAUCAUGAGGAGCAGCAGCAAUGAGAGUCCAUCAUUUGAGCCAGUCAGCUUCCCUUCCCUUCUCAGUCACAUAACUUCUAUGCACUUGAACUAUGAGCUCCUGGUGAUGCCUGUGACCAAUGAAAAAGGUGGAGGUCCAGCUCUUAAAUCAUUUUUGCCAUUUUCUGCCACUCUACCAUGUGACAUCCACAUCCUUAAUCUGAGGACUCUCCAGGCAGAGGAUGAUGGAAUACCCUCUCUAGACACCGCUCUGAUCUUACACCGAAAAGGUUUUGAUUGUGGACUGGAGGCAAAAAAUCUUGGCUUCAACUGCACCACAAGUCAAGGAAAGCUGUCCCUUGGAAGUCUGUUUAAUGGGUUAGAGUUGGCUCUCGUGCAGCCCACCUCCUUGACGCUGAUGUAUUCUCUAGCAUCGCCUUCAAACAGCAGCAACUCAACACUCAGCUUAGACCCAAUGGAAAUUUCGACUUACCGUGUGCGUUUCAGCUAACGCCAGCCAAGUGGGACUAAGAUCUCAUUGCACAAGAGCCAAGGACUGGAAGCCUCUUCAGCCAGUUUAUGCUCUUAAUGAAGAGCAACGUAUUUGGUCUUUAGCCUGAAAUGGAUCUAACAUUGGCUGGAAAUUGCCUGUUAAGGCAUUCGGGACAAACUACAAAAGCCAGCCAUUGCUAAAGGGCAAUUUGUUUCAGGCAGUUUUAAUGCUUAAGGAGUUAAACGCUUAGGUGGGACAAUACAGAAAAAGCAGAAGCUAUUUAUGGCGAGAUUGCUUUUUAAAAUUAUUUAUUUGUUGACUUUUUAAACACAUCUCUACACCUGAUUCCUGCCACAGUUUAGGUGAUCCCUAGUGGAGCUGAAUGAUCACAGCAUUGUCCGCUGUGCCAUUAAAUGCUGCAGAAACCUCAAGAAUAACAAAUGUUUCUUGGAAUCUGGAGGGGGAUAUCCAACUAGAUUGUAGAUUAAAUUUAGAUUAGUGAUGUGGUUUUCUUGGAGACGAGAAAAAUCUCUGAAUCGUUCUGAGUUUUUUUUUCCUUCAUUUAUCUGCCUUUUUAUACUGUAGCACAGCUACAAAAACUAUGAAAGAGGCUGUUGAGUGAAAGAUGUAACCCAUAAACUGUACUUCUUGUUUCUGCAACUGUGGCCAUAAAUACAGAUACCAUACC